AUGGAGGCAAAGGCCCUGCUUGAGGCUGAGGAGAAGGCCAGGAGGGAAAGAGAGUAUGAAGAGGUGUUCGCAAAGGAGCCUCCGACGGACUUCGACAGGGAGGGGCAAUGGAGGCGUCUUGCGUCUGGGAAGUGGGAAAAGGUUGAGGAUGAAGAGAAGCGCGAGCCGGAGUGGAAGCGUAUUCUGCGCUUGUGGAGGGAGAGGGUAGCCGCUGGAGGAAUGACUUCUGGUCAGAUCGUGGCCACGCUCUAG